AUGGUUAAGACAUUUGGUUCACCGCGCCUUAGUUAUUUUGUCCAAGAGCUGCAUUGUUUCCAUAAGGUGACCGAUCUGCGGGACGAAGGCUCAACCUCCUGGCUGGUAGCCGAGUCGCGCUUCCUCCAAGCCAAGCGGCUCCGAGUGCUAGCGUUCGUGCUGAACUGCUGCGGCAUAGUGCUCACUAUGUGCGGUAUAAUUCUGCUUCUGAUGUACUUUGGCACAAAGCCGGAACAGAGGACCUCCAUCCUGGACGUGAUCGCCUCUUUCACCCAGUGCAAAACUGCCUUCCAUCCCGCGUUAGCUCGCACUCCAACUCCUCAGUCGUAG